CCUUUAAUGGUGGCAAAAGAUAGUAUAUCACCAUAUACUUGUGUCCAUCCAGUGACUUGUCUCCCUUCAAACCAAACUCUGUAUGGAACAGUGGUUUUCAAUUCCAACUCCUUUGCCAAUUCAUUCACCAAUGAAAUAUAAGCUAAAUCCAUGAUUCAAACACUGCCUUGGCAGAUCCCAUUCAAUCUAAUCUACCCAUUUCUCAACUAGGUUGUGGAGGCUACACAAUUCGUGUUAUAUAUUCAAAAUGUUUUUGUUGAUUCUAUAUAAAGAUGGGAACUCCGAAUAUGAUUAUUGUGUUGAAAUUAUUUUUUUCUUUCUUCUUUCUUUUUUUCAUUUUCUGCAACAAGAUGAGGAUUAUUACGUGCUGUAAACACUCCAUGCAGUGACUCCAACAAGCCACGCAUGGGAAGCUUUCUGUACAUCUUCCCGGUUCAAGUGAAUGAUGACCAGAUUAUUCUUGAUAAGACUGUUGCUGAUCAAGUAUCUAUAUGGAAAAGCAGCAGAGGCCUAACUGAUAAGGUGGUCCCCAAUCAUGAUUGCUCUGGAGAAACAUGUUCUUAUUAUCAAAUUGGAGAUGUAUUCGUUUGUGAGAAGACCGGACAGGUCCAUGUUUGUGAUGAUACAUGCAGAGAAGCUGUUUUGGACCCUACAAAUGUGCUUUUGGUUUGUACAAUAUCUGGGCACUGCUUUGAUCUAUUACUGUCACCAUCUGAAAUGGAGCCGGACACUGUAAAAGAGAUCUCCUUUAACUUGUACUUGGUGUCCUUUGUCAUAUAGCACACUUACGUUUUUAAUUUCAGAGGUUUCCUGACUUUCAUUGUGCACCAUAACAGUCCAUGAACUAUAAUAUCAUUUUAGUAUUACAAUUUCUAAAACAGUGCACGCUACAAGACUGCUAUCGUUCAGUUUGCCCAUAGUCAUUUUAUAGUCACGAGGUUUGAGUGCAUCAUGUGUUCCAUCACAGUAUGCUUGAUAUCAGGGAAUAAAACUAUAAGACUUAGAGAGGC